AUGGAUGCUUCGAGAUUUCUUCACGUUUUCUUCUUCCUUGAGCUGAUUCUCCACUGCCAUUGUAAAGCAUCUCUCUCUGGCUCAUCAGAUGUGAAGCUUCUUGUGGGAAAGAUCAAAUCUUCACUUCAAGGAAACAGUGAAAGCCUACUGUUGUCUUCUUGGAACUCAUCUGUUCCGGUUUGUCAAUGGAGAGGGGUAAAAUGGGUAUUUUCAGAUGGGUCUCCUCUUCAAUGUAGCGACGUCUCUUCACCACAAUGGACCAACGUCUCUCUAUACAACGAAUCCUCACUUCACCUUCUCUCUCUCCAGCUUCCUUCUGCUAACCUCACCGGCUCACUCCCUAGAGAGCUUGGUGAGUUCUCUAUGCUUCAAAGCGUGUUCCUCAACAUCAAUUCAUUAACUGGGUCAAUCCCACUCGAGCUUGGUUACACUUCUUCUCUCUCUGAUGUCGAUUUGAGCAGUAAUGCCUUAACUGGUGUUUUGCCUCCAUCGAUUUGGAACCUCUGUGAUAAGCUUGUCUCCCUCAAGAUCCAUGGUAAUGCCUUGUCUGGAGAUUUGCCUGAGCCUGCUUUGCCAAAUUCGACUUGUAGUAACCUCCAAGUUCUUGAUUUGGGUGGUAAUAAGUUCUCAGGUGAGUUCCCUGAGUAUAUUACAAGAUUCAAAGGUCUAAAAUCACUUGAUCUUUCAAGUAAUGUCUUUGAAGGUCUUGUCCCUGAUGGUUUAGCUGUAUUACAACUAGAAAGUCUCAAUCUUUCUCACAACAACUUCAGUGGGAUGUUACCAACUUUUGGUGAAUCAAAGUUUGGAGCAGAAUCUUUCGAAGGGAACAAUCCUAGCCUUUGUGGUUUGCCCUUGAAGCCAUGUCUAGGCUCCUCUAGGUUGAGUCCUGGUGCUGUUGCUGGUCUAGUGAUUGGUUUAAUGUCAGGAGCAGUUGUUGUGGCCUCGUUGCUGAUAGGGUAUCUGCAGAACAAGAAAAGAAAGAAUAGUAUAGAGAGUGAAGAUGAUUUAGAAGAAGGUGACGAAGAAGAUGAAGGCGGUGAAGGGAAGUUAAUAGUGUUCCAAGGCGGUGAGAAUCUGACAUUGGAAGAGGUUUUGAAUGCGACGGGACAAGUUAUGGAGAAGACGAGCUACGGUACAGUCUACAAGGCUAAGCUUAGUGAUGGAGGGAAUAUAGCAUUGAGGCUGUUGAGAGAAGGUACUUGCAAAGACAGAAGCUCUUGCUUGCCUGUUAUAAAGCAGUUAGGACGUAUUCGCCAUGAGAAUCUGGUUCCUUUGAGAGCUUUCUAUCAAGGAAAGAGAGGAGAGAAGCUUCUCAUCUAUGAUUAUAUUCCAAACAUAAGCUUACAUGAUUUGCUGCACGGUAUUAGCUUUUUGUUUCCCUCCGUUGAUUAUCUUUCUUGCUAUUUAUAUAGCGUCUUCUUGCUUAAUCUUGUUGUUUGA